ACAGUGCUUAGCAAGCCGCCGCUCACACAACAUGCCCUUAAUUCAGGGGAUGUGACUAUACAGUUCGGUGAGGGGAGGGUGGCGGCGGCGGCAAAGCAACAAUGUUUAGCCCAAAGAUGCAAAGGACGAUCAGGGUGCAUGAGUCGCAGCUUGCAAUGCUCUCCGAUCGCGCCCAUAACGACCAUUCCUACUCUGGCUACCUCAACAAACGGACCUCAGAUACGAACAAAUGGCAACUCAGGUGGUUCAUCCUGUAUCAGAAUCUCUUGUUUUACUACGAUACAAAAAACUCCCACCGUCCAUUGGGCGUCGUCAUGCUGGAAGGGUGUUAUUGCGAAAGGCUCAUCUCCCCUACCACCAAAAGCAAGGAAAACUCAGAAAAGCAGUAUUGUUUUGCAAUAUCGUACAGAAUAGAAAGUCAACGCCAGUACGAGCUAAGGGCCAGCACUGAGAGCGAUUGCAAAGCUUGGAUAGAAGCCAUCAAGGAAGCAAGUUUCAAUAAAUUGUUGCUUCAGAAGGAAGAGUUAGAGCAGAAACAUCUCCACCUACUUCAAAUCGUAGAAAGCGAGAAGACAGCCAAGUGGCAGUAUACGCUGCAGUGUGAAGAACUCGCCUCGGAAAUUAAGAAACUUCGGGCCGAGCUGUGCGCCUUGAAGAAAGAAUGGAGGCCGAUGAGGCCACUCGGCGGUCUGUGCAAAGCUCCGUCAAUCGUCGGCGGAUCAGGGACGGCUGAUGCCAACAACAUCCAAUAUCCUGAAGAUUCUAUGGAAUUGAGGAAAAUAAAAAAAGUGCAGAGCUUUUUCCGAGGCUGGCUGUGCAGGAGGAGGUGGAAACAGAUCGUCGAACAGUACAUCAAAAGCCCUCACGCAGAAAGUAUGCGGAAACGCAACAGCUUGGUGUUUCGCAUGGUCGAGGCCGAAGAGGAGUACAUGGAGCAGUUGGAAGUUUUAGUUUCCUGUUUUCUGAGACCUUUCAAAAUGGCAGCAAGCUCGAAAAAACCUCCCUGUUCCCACGAGGAUGUAAAUUCUAUCUUUUUAAACAGCGAAACCGUUCUCUUUUUGCAUCAGAUCUUUCUCAAAGGACUGACUUCUCGCAUGGAAAGUUGGCCAACUCUGGUGCUUGGAGAUCUGUUCGAUAUGCUUCUACCCAUGCUGAGUAUUUAUCAAGAAUAUGUAAGAAAUCAUCACUACAGCCUCCAAGUUCUAACCGAGUGUAAACAAACUCCGCAAUUUGCCAGCCUGUUAGCGAGAUUAGAGAACAAGCCUACCUGCCAAGGACGCUCAUUGGAAAUAUUCCUUACAUAUCCAAUGCAUCAGAUUCCUAGAUACAUCAUAACUCUUCAUGAGCUACUGGCUCAUACUCCACACGAUCAUGUAGAACGGAAAAGUCUCCAAAAUGCCAAACAACAAUUGGAAGAUUUAUCAAGGCAGAUGCACGACGAGGUGAGCGAAACCGAAAAUCUAAGAAAAAACCUCGCUGUUGAGAGAAUGAUUGUAGAAGGGUGCGACAUACUCCUGGACGUCAACCAAGUAUUUGUGAGACAGGGUAGCUUGAUUCAAAUACCGCCGGAAAAGGCAAAAGGGGCGAGGAAUAGGCUGCCGAAUUUCAAAUCAGAAAAAGAAGCUCUAAGGCAGUGUUUCUUAUUUUCGAAUCAUCUCAUAUUGGCGACAAGAACGUCUGCAGGAAGGUUGCACCUAGUGCCCGAAGUAGGGAAGAUUCCCCUUGCGGAUGCAGUCCUUAUUGAAGAUCCAUCAGAGAAUGGUGUGAAUGAGGAUGAUGAAUCAUCUACAUGCUCGAUGUCCAGUCAUUCGAGUGGAAUAUCUGAAACAACUACUGGCAGUCUACAAAACAGAGACUUCAAAAUCGUGCUUGAAGGGAAAAGCAGCUCUCAACAGCAAGUUGCUGUACAUUUGAUAGCUCCUACAAUUCAAGAAAAGGCAGCUUGGAUUAGUGAUAUUAGUCAAUGUAUGGACAAUGUCCACUUCAAUGAUUUACUUCACAGUUCCUUAUCUGAUACUUCAUCGGUUACUAUGCCGCAGUCCAUUAAAAAUGAUCCCAAAUUGUUUAAAGAUGAUGUAGAUAUAAGGUUUAGCCGUACACUUAAUUCUUGUAAAGUACCUCAAAUCCGAUAUGCAACACCUGGGAGGCUUUUAGAGCGCCUAACUGACCUCAGGUUUUUAAGCAUCGAUUUCCUAAAUACAUUCCUUCUAACUUAUAGAGUUUUUACUGAUGGGGUCACUGUUCUUGAAGCGUUGAAAAAAGUAUUUUACAAUGCAGACCCACCUGAUGCAGCUGAUAUACCGGAACGAGAUGACACGCUAUCGACUCUCCAUUUGUAUGAUUCUGAAAGGAGAAGAAGUAGCGCUUCGCCGAGAAGAACAAGUGGAGCGAGCUCAGUUUCUGGAUAUGGAUCAGAAGCUAGUGAUAGAGAUAGAAGUCACAGUUAUGAUUCACAAAGUUUCCCAAGAGGACACUGGAGGUGUAGUUUUAGAAAGUUCGAAGAAGAGAUGACAAACAUUAAAGAAAGUGGAAGCAAUAAUAGCAGUUCUGUAGAGCCGUCAAAAGAAACUAGCCAAAAGCGAAAAGUCAGUAUACGAGUGGAACAACCCGAUUCGUCACACUUAACAAUACCUGAAGCUAUUGCAGGUUCAUCAAGUGCUGAAACGCUAACCGAUAAUACAGUUGUUAGCCAGCCAUCUUCCCCUAGCAAUGUCAGUACGGCAACUUUAGUUGGUGGAAAUGACUCUGAUCCAUCUCAUGAUCCACAUUCAGCUGUUCGCACUAGCCAUGAACCGACGAGGGACCGGGAAAGCGAAAAGGAAAAAACAAAUUUAGCCAAGCCGACCUAUCACCAUCAGAAACGAAAAAGUUGGGACAAUAGUAAGAAAGAUAAAGGAGAUGCUGAUGAUUGGGAUGAAGAACCACCAAUGUCAAGUGGCGUUAGUAGCAGAUCAGCUUCUAUUGCAAGCUCUGUAACUAUGCAGGGUUAUUACCUUGGAAGAAGAUCUUGCGCUGGGAUUGAUUCAGACGGGCAAAGUAUUUCUCAAAGGCCAAGUUUUCAGCAUGAAACACCUCAAACUUCAAGUAAAGCAGGAGUAGUAAUAACAUCCUUCAGAAAAUCUCAGAGAAGCUUCAGGCACGAGCCCCUUUGGAGUAGUACAUCAUCUGCUGCUGCAGCAUUUGCAAUAGCGACUUCUGCUUCGAGUAACCCAAGAGAUAUGGACAAUGGAGGAAGUUUUAAAGGUAAAAGCUCAGAACCGAAUUCGAGGCCCGGUUCUUGUCGAGAGAGACGGCGAAAAGAAAGUGUUAUGUCUACAGCAGCAACCAUGCGAGUCUUGAAUGUACUCAGGCACUGGGUUUCGAAGCACGCCCAGGACUUUGAACAAGACCACAGGCUUAAAUGUCUAACUAUAGAAUUUCUAGAAGAUAUAAUUUGCAGUCCUAACCUUUUACCAGCAGAGCAUAAAGCGGCAUCUCAGCUCCUGAGAUUGAUAACAAAGGAGGAACAAGAAAGCUCUAAAGUUGACCUGGACCAACUAUUGGCAGUGCCAAUGACGCCAAGCAAAGAAAGUAUAGAGACUUUAUCUGCACUAGAAAUAGCUGAACAGAUGACAUAUGUGGAUCAUCAAAUAUUUGUCUCCAUUCGGAGCGAAGAAUUCUUAGGGCAAGCAUGGAUGAAAACAGACAAGGCAACAAAAGCACCCCACAUAAUUUUAAUGACAAGGAGAUUCAAUGAGGUUUCCCAGCUAGUAGUAUCAGAAAUUAUUAGACGGCCAAAUAUGACAGCUAGGAUUCAUGCUAUUGAGAAAUGGGCUGCAGUAGCGGAUAUAUCAAGAUGCCUACACAAUUUCAACGGUGUUCUCCAAGUCUGUGCAGCUUUCACAAACAGUUCUGUAUUUCGCCUGAAGAAAACAUGGGAAAAAGUGUCUAAAACGACAAAACAAACUAUAGAAAAGCUUCAAACCAUAGUUUCUUCCGAUGGUAGAUUUAGAAAUCUUAGAGAUGCCUUACAUAGGUGUGAUCCUCCUUGCAUCCCUUAUCUUGGGAUGUAUUUAACCGAUCUUUCAUUCAUUGAAGAAGGCACUCCAAACUUUACCGAAGACGGAUUGUUGAAUUUUUCAAAAAUGAGAAUGAUUGCACAUGUAAUUAGAGAAAUCAGACGUUUUCAACAAACCCCAUACAAAAUAGAAUUGAUUACAAAAGUUACAAAUUAUCUCCUAGACCCUGCACUCCUAUUAGAUGACGACGAACUUUAUCAAAUGUCAUUGGAAAUUGAACCAAGAACUUCUAGGCUCAGCGCCUCAACCAUAACAACUCUUCCAACUUCAUCACAAUCAACAAGAUAAGCCUUAAAGUUUUAAUGAAGUAUAUACAAAAUACCUCAUAAUUAAUAAGGAUGGUUUCUGUGGAACAUUAUCGUAUUCUUCAAAGUGAUUUGUCAAAAAUAUAAAUUAUACUAAUAAUUUAACAAUUUCUUCUAGUCUUCCAAAUUGUAAAAUCGAUCAGAAGUAUAUAUAUUAAGCUUAUUAAUUAAACUGCUUUUGUAGACAAUCAGAAAAUAUAUUUACUUCUUAUAUACAAUCAAAUAAAUAUAUUCUCAAAAAUAUGCAAUAUAAAAAAAAGCUUCUUAUGAGACAAAACUAGACAAUGAGGGAAGACAGAAAGAAUUGUAUUCUUCAAAAUUUGCUAAUGUUUCCAUGUAUAGCUCAAUUACUGACAUUAAGUUGGCUAGAUUCAUUUGUUCCAAUAAGUAAUAACUUUUUAUGGGCGUAAUGUCAAAAAAAUGCAGUUUGAAACUAUUUUCCUAGAAGAAAAUUUUAAUAGAUGUUUAAUUACAUUAU